UGCUGCCACACUGUAUGCAUACGGACUCUCCAGGUGAGCGUGUUGGCAAGCAUAAUAACGAUAUAAACACCUGAGUAAGUAAAGUCGGCGAUCGAUUGUACAAACACCAGAGCUGCCACUGCUGUGGUCCGGUUACACGCGUACAUGUAGCAGUAGGAGCGAGCGAACCAAACAGAAAGCGCCCUAUUGCUGUGGAAUGCAGGCCAGGGAAAAGAAGAAACUGAAUUUACGAUUUCAUUCGAAGUUUUGUGCGGAACCGUGUAAGAGGUGUCUCCGCGUCGUGUCGGGCUUCGUCGAGGCUCUCCUCCUAUGGUUAUUGGGAAAGUGUCUAUUGUCGUGGGUGUUGAUUUUUGCUUUUUUAUUGCUCACUGAUUGAGAAUCGAUAACGCAAUUUGUGUGCACUGUUGUUUGCAAGAAAACAGUUGGAAGUUGCGAUCGCUUGUGUAAUUUCUGCAGCGUGUAACAGAACAAAGAUCGCUGUUAUUUUUCGCAGUGUGAAAGUGUCUGGUUGAGUGUUUUUUUUUGUUGGCGUCUAGAGGUUAACGGAAAGUGUUUGUUUGCGAGACUUUCAAAUGAUCGUGAAUGAAAAAAUAGACGGUUGGAACAAAAUUGCCUAAAAUCAACCGAAAGUAUGAGGACAGAAGCGGUAUUUACUCAUUUUGAAUUUUCUGGAUACGCACGAGCAGUAGAGUUUGCUUGUGGUUUAGUUUUAUGCAAUCCGUACGGGAUCGUCUAGAGUGCAUGGUUCACUCGGAAACGAGAAUGCAACAGCAGCAGCAGCAGCAGCCUACGAGUGCAGUGCAGUGAUCUUACAUACAGCCGCGUAUGAUCGGGCCGGGUCAGUUAGUGGUCUUGGUUGGAUGGUUCCCGUCUACAGCGCAAAAGUGAAUAAAUGUGCUUCAUUCGCUGGUACCGUGCCUUGUUGAGGACGAUGGAGAUUCAAAUAACAAGACUGUUGUAGACCUCAAGUUAAACCUGCACCGUGGGCAUCAAUGCUUUUGUCUGAUCGUGUAUGUACGGAGAGUAACUUCAACGCUGGAAACGACGAUUUCUGCGCAAACAUAACACGUAUGCGAAGGGAUGAACAACCGGGAAUCGUACGAGAUAAAAUUCUACCAUGACUACCAAAUCAAUGUCGUGCGACAGCCACAUCACGCAACACCGUUGUUUUGGCUGCGAUUGUUUCGAUUCCUCUGAACCGUCCUGCUGAGAGGUCCGAAAACUGGUUUAUUCACCUAUACCACCCUUCAAUUGUACGUCACUGUUCCGGUUUCUCUAUGAGAAAGGGGUGUUCUACCGUGUCUGUGUGCAAAGUGAUGUGAUGUGAGUGGAACUUUGCGUCAAUGUGUGCAUGGUAAGCUGCACUAAGUUGAAGAACAAUACUGCAGCCUACAAAAAAAAAAAAAAAACCAUACAAUCGAUGAAGCAACGAAAGCAAAAGUUUUGCAACAUUAUGUGAUAUGAAUAUAAAGUGUGCUUAAUCGAACAAAACGAAAUGCGGUUACGUUUCGAUAGUCCUUUACGAAACAACGAACAACCAUGUUUAGUGCGUCCAGCGUACAGACUGUGCCGUUUGCUAGCUACGUCAAUGGCAGUUACGGCCGAAGCAAUAACUGCAUUAGCACCAAGCAGGAUUCUUCUGUGGCAAUGAAGCCGACGACCAGUUCGGGCAGUAGCGUUCCACAUCAAAGCCCACCACCACCAGCUAACGAGGUUGGUAGCGCUAGCGGUGGCGGGAACGGAGCCAGCAUGAAAUGGAACAGUUCCAACUCUAGCCUCAGCAGUGCGAGCGAUCGUAAAAGCUUAUCGCCGGCUGACGUUGACGUGAAGGUGACGAACGGUACUUACGAUACCAUGAACGACGAUAGCUGCUCUACGACGACGGAGUUCCGCAACGCGGAAGGCAGCUCCGAUGGUGACGAUCGGAGUGUUAUCGCAGGAGCAACUUCGCCACUGCAAAUGGCUCCUGCCAGUUCCGGAAGCAAACCGACGGCGAGCAACGGCGGAAGUAAGAAGCGACGGUCUGCUUCAACCCUGGAAGGAGUUAUUAGCACUAAGCACCACCUGAAACUAGUCAGUAAGGAGUUGGAAUGGGAGCGCAAGUUUCGCGAUGACCAGCUUUCAAGGCUACUGAAAGCGUUGAUCUAUUUCGAAGCGCGGCUCCAAAGUGAACACAAACUUAUCCGGCAGCAGCUGAAUGAAAAGGACGACGUGAUCAAUCGGCAGAACUGUGCGAUCAACCGCAUGAAGCGAAAGCUGGGCGAAGAUGCUGAGCCGGAUAUUGACCUGCCCGAGGUGGCGCAGUAUUGCCUGAAAUGCCGUCGCAGCUACUACGGGAUGGAAUUCCGGUGCAGUGGGACACAAACUGGCGACUACAGGGAUGACGGUGGGGAGAGUGUAAAUACGGAGAUACUCUCGCUGAACAGCGUAGAGUAUGCCUCGUCAAGCGAGGAGCAGGACUCGUCGCUGUACGUACGUGCCAAUUCGUUUAAGGAUGCCCGGCGGAGCCGCAAGUACACCAGCAAGCGGUCGUACCAGAGCUACCAGCGGCCAUCGAGACAGAGCAGCUUCAAGAGUACCACCAGCAGCAGUAUUAACGGCGGCAAACUGCCGGGACUCAGCAGCAAUGUUUGCGGUCUGAACGGGGUUGAGAACGGCAACGAAACUUACGAAAACAUCGAACCAAAUAAGAAUGUGCCUAAAAUUGUGAUUUAUGAGAAUUAUGAGAGCGAUAAGGAAAAUAAGGAUGAAUUCAAGGGACAGGAUGCAAAUAAUUACGACGUUGUAGAGCCAUCCUACUCGAACCGGAUAGACUCAAUGCAUGGAAUUAGAUGUGGUUUGAGGAACGACGAGGACGUUCGAUCUUCGAAAAUGGGUGUUCACCGCGAGACUGACGAAGAGAGUAUCCUUUACGAGGAACAACAGAGCACAAAGAAUGCCAACAAUCAGCAAAAGUACACGGAAGGAAUGGAAAUGAAGCAGACCAUCGAAACCAGUGACGAUUGGUACGCAAGUGCCAGCGAUAUGGAGGAUUCGGAUUCGGUGCUGGGAAAACCCUACAGCAAUGCGGCUGUUAAUCCCGUUUUGGAGUGUGUUAACCAAAUACUACUUCAACAAUCGAUGGACGGCUUUGGAGAGAACAAAGAAACGCCCAGUGCAAACGAUGAAGAGCUGUACAUAAAGGCUCAGGAACCACCGAAGGAACCUUCUCAAGUGCGCUCGAAAAGAGUACACUUUUCCACCCAAAACAGUAUGGUUCAAGUGCCACGUAUUAUAUCAGAACCUACGCCAGCCACUAAUCGGAAGGAUGACAAAUCUUCUCCGACCUAUGAAAUACAAAGCAUCUAUAGUAAUGAGUACGAACCGAUUGGAUCAGAGCAGAAUUCAUACUCGAAUUAUUACGUAGAUAUGGAGUCCAAACUUGGAUCGGAAGAUCGGGAGCGGGAAAUCGCGGCAGCUGAAAAGCGUAAAAUUCCACCCGCUCUACCACCCAAACCGGCAAACCUUCUUAAGCUGCAACAGAUAUCGAAACAACGAAUGGUUCAAAUCAAAGCGAAAAGUUCCUCCGGUAAUAGCGACAUAGCCGAAUCUGAGCCAGAUUACUGUUCCAUCAGUGAAAUCCAAGAUUCGGUAAAAUGUGUUCAAAUAGUGGCCGAAAUUCAUAAAGAAUCUUGCGAAGACGAUUACUCGGUUGUUGAAGAGGAGCAAGAGGAAACCGAAAGCAAGAAGAGUACUGAUCCGGAGGAAUCUUUCGCCGAUGUUCCGAAGCUUCCGAAUGUUGCGGAAAUAAUUCCUCCAAAAAAAGAAUCGUUGACCAAGUUCAUCAGUCAAGAUAAUUACAUAACAAAAUCGCACAAUGGGACUCCCAAGCAAAGCACACCCGCUAAAAAGGAAGGCGAGUUCCGAGAGCAAUUGUCAGAAAUCAUAGCAGAAAUUAAUAAGCAAUCGCCGGCGAUCAGGAACGCCUCCAAGAAACACGUUCCUGUGAAAGAGGUGGGACUCCGGGGUACCAGUAAUAUUCCAACUCUUGCGUUGCAGUCAAAGCUCAAACCAGUAGAUAAGUUGAGUUUUCUUAGCAAAAUGAACUCUGGCUCUUCAACAAAUCUCAACAUAAGCGCCAAACUAAAUGGUUCACUGCCAAGACCUGCCAGACCCUUGGCAUUCAAAUCUAGCCCGUCAGUUAGAUCUCUAUGCACCAACCUGAAUUCAUCUGGCAAUUUAAUUCCAACAAGUCCCACCAAAUCUGCUACAUUUCAAUCAAACUUAAAGUCUCCAAACUCGCCAAAUUCACAGAAAAACAAUUCACCGAAAACUUCUCCUUCGAAGAAACAAGCCUCCUUAAUCAUAACCGAAGACAGUAAGUUGCCAAUCCAGGCGGAAUUCGAUUGGUACAAUUUGGACGCUGAGUAUGGGAAACCAAAUCAACCGGACAUCAUCGUAGAGUCAGAUCCCGGGACUGUUCCCGAGCAGGGGGAGGAGAAACAGCCAAACGACAGUCGCUCCGCCAAUGGACACAGUUCGGAAGCAAGCGGAAGUGAUCUGGAGAACGUGGAAUACAAUCUGGACGAGGCGUACAAAACAAUCACCCCGAUUGUGCCACCACCGGACAUUAUCCAGAAGAACCCGAUGACCCCGCGGAAUGGGAAAAUCCCGUACAAUAGCAUAUCUUUUAAGGAGCUGAUGACGUUGAAUGAAACACCUAAAAUCGAGAAGAGUAAACCAUCGGUGACGGAGGCGGUGAACGGGAACUACGAACACUUCCUAGACGAUUCGGGGCUUUGCUCGAAACCUAUAAUUUUGCCGCGGAAAAAGAGGGUCUACUAUUCGGGGCCGUUUGUUUAGGGAACGAAUACUUGGAGGAUUUUUUUUUUGGAUUUGACAUAAAUGCUACGUCAAUUCAACGUUCUGACGAGUGUAAUGCAAGUUCAAUAAUUGCAAUCAUUCGUGCUUUAGUAUUUUGAAUUCACGGUUUCUGGAUUGUAGAUCUUUGUGGGUAGAUUCUAUUAAAUUGUGACAUUUGUACAAGUUCUUGAUGAUAUCAAAAGUGCUCUACCCUUCCAAGCGAGAUUGAUUUUCAACAUGUAAUAUUGUUGAGUCCAGAACUUCUGUAGAGCCAAAAUUGCAAUUAAUACAUGCAUUUUUGGUUGAGUUAAUGUUAAAGAGAAUUCAAUUCGAAUGAUAACGCGGCAUAUGAAGUCUUCUCCAUUCUUUUAGUUAUAUCUCUGUUGAUUACCUAUGUAUAGUAACGAAAAACACUAUUCUGAACAUUGAACACUACGGAAAGCGCCUGUAAACAACGAAGUAUAUAGUACAUCCUAAUUUAAAUGUAAUUAGUAGUUUUUUUUUCGUAAGAGAUAUAGUAAUACCUAAAUAUAAUUAUGUUAGUAAAACGAACAUUGAUAACGAUAUUAUAUUCAACGAUGCAACAAAUAUAAAAUGAAAUGUAAACGUGUAUAGUUUCUAGCUCUGUACAAAGGAAUCGAGUUGUUUAUAUGAUUCUAUGAAACACAAAAAUAAAUGAUUGUAUACAGAAUCAAUAUUUAUUCUAAA